UUCAAGGUUAUAGCCAUGCCACAUUUGAUCUUGAUUCCCAGUGUACAACAGGUCUUUUCAUCAUUCCUCCAGGACUUCCAACGUAAGGGAAGGAGCCCCUGGACCAACAUCCUCUAAGAUGUUUAUAUGGACCAGUGGCCGGACCUCUUCAUCUUACAGACAUGAUGAAAAAAGAAAUAUUUACCAAAAAAUCAGGGACCAUGACCUCCUGGACAAAAGGAAAACUGUCACCGCCCUGAAAGCAGGAGAGGACCGGGCCAUUCUCCUGGGACUGGCCAUGAUGGUGUGCUCCAUCAUGAUGUACUUUCUGCUGGGAAUCACACUGCUGCGCUCUUACAUGCAAAGCGUGUGGACCGAAGAGUCUCAAUGCACCUUGCUGAAUGCGUCCAUCACGGAAACAUUUAAUUGCUCCUUCAGCUGUGGUCCAGACUGCUGGAAACUCUCUCAGUACCCCUGCCUCCAGGUGUACGUUAACCUGACUUCUUCCAGCGAAAAGCUCCUUCUCUACCACACAGAAGAGACAAUGAAAAUCAAUCAGAAGUGCUCCUAUAUACCUAAGUGUGGAAAAAAUUUUGAAGAAUCCAUGUCCCUGGUGAAUGUCGUCAUGGAAAACUUCAGGAAGUACCAACACUUCUCCUGCUAUUCUGACCCCGAAGGAAACCAGAAGAGCGUCAUCCUCACCAAACUCUACAGCUCCAACGUGCUGUUCCAUUCACUUUUCUGGCCAACGUGUAUGAUGGCCGGGGGAGUGGUGAUCGUCGCCAUGGUGAAACUCACACAGUACCUCUCCCUGCUCUGUGAGAGGAUCCAGCGGAUCAAUAGAUAAGAGUAAAAUGGACGAGAUCAUGUUCUUUAAAGCUCAAAUACUGUUUUCUUUCUUUCUUCACCAAAGAACCUUAAGUUUGUAAUGUGCAGUCUGUUAUGAGUUCCUUAAUAUAUUCUUCUACGUAGAGCAAUAAUGCAAAAGCUGUCCUAUAUGCAAAUAUGAUGUCAUUAUUAUUCAGGAGAAGAAAUUACUGUUUUGUGUUGGUUGGUUGGUUGGUUGUUUUCAUAAUCCUGUUUCAAUGCUGGAACUAGUACUUCCUUUUCUUGUUCUACCAAAAUAGGGCUCGGUUAUUCAUUUGCCAAGUUUGUGGAGGAAUAUUGAUGUGAUAAGGUCUCUGUUCUGAGUUGUCGGACUUCUUGAAGACAUUUCUGCAAUACUUUUCAUCAUUCAUUGUUUACUAAAGCUGCAGCCAAAAAUAUUUUUUUCCUUGUCUUACUCUAAGCUGAGCCCCACAGCAAGUGAAGGGACCAGAUUUCCUAACUAAAUGAUGUUAACGCAUUUUUCUUGUAUUUCUACCAUAUCACUGUAAAGAAGGGGGGAAACCCAGCCAGCUAUCUUUCUUUUAUUACUUUCUACUCAUAUCUUUAGAUUUUUUAACUGAUAUCAAAAAAAUUAGCUGUUUUCAUUAACCAAUUCUAUAACCUUUUCCUGUGAUUUGACUAGAAAAUGAACAGAGCCCUUUUCCAGUAAGACCCUGCUACCGUGUGAGCAGACGACACGAGGAGCUCCAUUACCUGUGAACUGAAUGAAUGUUGAGUAGAUGCCCCAUUACAAUCCAGAAAAGCCUAUAUUACUAAGAUAUUUGUGUGAAAAUCUUUCCUUCAUUUCAAUUGAACUGUUAGAUGUUAAAACUAAGACCCUACUUGCUGGUCAAGACUAGUGAGCUGAUUUCAAUGGGUGAAUCUAUUGUGGCAAAUUAACAUGUUGGGAUAUUGCUCUUUGGAAAUUUCUGUUUAAGUUAAUGAGUGUGUAGUCUCUCUUUUCAACACGUGUUCUCUGUCAGGAUUUUAAAGCUGUGUGCACAGAAUAUUUGUCUCCUCUACAUUUUUAUUUUUCUAUUUACAGUUGCCUUUUCUGUUGCUAGAUUUGAUACAUAGAAUAGAUCUUUUUUCCUAACACACACUUGAACUGAAUAACAGAUUUAAAGAAACUCUUUGUUCACAUUGCCAUUCACUUUAUUGUGUUUGGGGGGGUAGGGAGGGAUGAAAGAUCAGUUUUAAACAAAAACAUUCCAUCUUUUAUUUAGCAUCAAUAUCAAAAGGAGAAGACAAACAUCUAUCUUUCUCAUCUACUCUUAAGCACCUUUUUGUAAGGUAGUUUUCUAGGUAUUGCAACAUUUUACAAAUAAUAUUUGUGGAAUGAAUGGUAAAACUAAUCUGAUGAAGUGAAAGUACUCUGCAAUACUGUAAUUCAGUUUGACUUUUCAUAAGCAAAUAAAUCCCUAGGGUAUAAUCAAGACUUCAAAUGUGUAAUUAAAAUUAAAAAAAA